UACCGAAGCAAAAAAAGAACAACAAAAAACAAUUAAAACAAAAUUAGAGAACAAAAAAAUUCUUUUUUUUUCUCUUUCGCAUUUUCUGUCUUUUUUUUCUACUCUUGUUGUUCUCCUUUUGUUUAUCUAAACCCUUUUUCUCAUAAUCAAUUUGUCUGUACAGAAAAGGUAACUUAAUUUACUCUCUGGUUCUCAAUUAAUUUCAUUUAGUUUAAUUUACUAAUUGUUAAUUUAUUCUCUUCACAUUUAAAUUAAAAAGUUUCAUUUUAUAUUCGCUAAAUUGAUAAAUGUAAUUGCUUUUGUUUUCCAAAUUUGGAUCAAUCAAAAUUUUUAAGGUGGCUGAAAUCACCUCCCAUCAUAAUCAACAAUCUUCAUCAUCUCAACAACAACAUUUACUUACAGCAAUAAUAUCACAACAUCAACAUCAACAUCAUCAUAAUUUUCAUCAUCAUCAUCAUCAUCUCUCUCUCUCUCUCUCUCUAUCUGUCGUCGAUCCAUCAUCACAUAACAAUAAUAAUAACAACAACAAUCUGAAAUAGUCAUUGAUAUUAUUGUUGAUUAAUAGAUUGAGAAGAAAAGGAAAAGAAAAGAAACAAAAAAAAAAUUAAUACUCAUUGUAAAGAGUUGAAACUGUUUAAUGGCUCGUCAAAAUUAUGAUUAUCUGUUUAAAUUACUUUUAAUUGGCGAUUCUGGUGUAGGUAAAACGUGUAUACUUUUUAGAUUCAGUGAUGAUGCUUUCAAUUCAACCUUUAUCUCAACCAUUGGAAUAGAUUUCAAAAUAAAGACAAUUGAAUUAAGAGGUAAACGGAUUAAAUUACAAAUAUGGGACACUGCUGGACAAGAAAGAUUUCACACAAUUACGACGUCUUAUUAUCGAGGUGCAUCCGGAAUUAUGCUUGUUUACGAUAUAACGAAUCUCAAAAGCUUUGAUAGUGUAGCUAAAUGGUUAAGAACAAUUGAUGAACAUGCCAAUGAGGAUGUUGAGAAAAUGAUACUCGGUAAUAAAUGUGACAUGGAGGAUAAACGAGUUAUACCCCGAGAAAAAGCUGAAACGGUUGCCCGAGAACAUGGUAUUCGUUUUCUAGAGACAAGUGCUAAAUCCAAUUUGAACAUUAAUCAAGCUUUCAUGGAAUUAGCUGAAGCCAUUCUAAUCAAGCGAACAGCGGGAAGAGGAAGCCUGGAAGCCGCUGAUCGUGUUAAUAUAACGCAGACUGAAAACAAAAGUCUAAUUAGAUGUUGUAAUGUAUGAGUUGGUAAAAUGAGAGAGGGAGUGAGAGAGAGAGAAAGAGAAAGAGAGGAGAAAAUAAUUAACUCGCCAACAAUAAUCAACAAUUUAUCUAAAAAAAAUAAUCAUAUAAUUUGAUUUGCUUCCAAUUGAAACAAUCAAAUUGACAAAAACACCAAACCAAAAUCAACCAACAACAACAACAACAACAACCACCACCACCACCAAAAAAAACAAUUAAAAACAAUUUACAAUUUAUAUAUAAAUCAACAUACCAUGAAAAACUAUUCAUACAACUCACAAAAUGAUUAGUCAAACCUUUUGAUAAUAGUUACAAUUAGAGAUAAAUUAAAAAAAUGAAAACACAAGAGAAAUUAA